GGGGGAGGCAGGCGGCUGAUGUUGGAGUACAGUCUUGUGCUGCUGCUGCUGUUCAGCCAGACGCUCCAUCCCCUGCGCCGCCCGCCCACUGCCUUUGUGUGCCCACUGCCUCGGUCCUUACCCCAGUGAUGGGGCUGGCGUUUCCCCGGAGCUGACGGAGCGGGCGGACGGGCGGGCGUGCCGUGGGCGGCGGCGAUGGAGCUGUGGGAUCAGGCCGGCUUCCUGGGCUGAAGUGCCGGCAGCAAGAGGCCGGCUCACCGACACCAUGCCGGUUCGCCGGGGCCACGUCGCGCCACAGAACACCUACCUGGACACCAUCAUCCGCAAGUUCGAAGUUCAGAAUCGGAAGUUUCUCAUUAUCAAUGUUCGGAUGAAAAACUGCGCAAUCAUCUUCUGCAAUGAUGGCUUUUGUGAAAUGUUCGGCUACUCCCGGGUGGAGAUCAUGCAGAAACCUGGCACCUGUGACUUCCUGACUGGGCCAGCCACCCCAGAGAGUGCCGUGGCACAGCUGGCACAGGCUCUACUGGGGUCAGAAGAGGUGAAGGUAGAACUGCUGUACUACAGGAAAGAUGGUAAGGACCUGGCACACGGGCAUGGGUGAGCUGGGGUCAGUGUG